GCAGUCCCCAGUACAAGUGUCACCUCGCCCUCCAGUGCCACACCCACCACCCCUACAAUCGCCGUCCCCAUCGCGGAGGGGCAGCCCACCCCGGCAGCGGACAUCUGCCGCAAAGCCGACCUCCCGGGGCAGACCUGGCCGGCACGCUGCUUCCAAGACGCCGAGAGGUCACCCGCUGGCCAUAACACUUUCUUCAGUGCGGCAUCCACCCCUCGGCGGUUCCCGAGGGGCAGCCAGGUCGGUGGUUGCAGCCACAUCUGACACCAGUGGUCGAAUUCGGAUCACCAGUCGAUCUCCGAGAGGCCGUCUGACCGCACGCCGUGGAUCUCCGACUCGCAAAUCGCCACCCAGAGGGGGUGUCGGCGCCCCCACAGCUCGCAGAUCUGUUCCCGGCACGUCUGCACCACCCCCGGGUCACGAUGCUAUUCCAGUUGCCUCUGCAGCAACACGCCGAGCUCCUGCCAGGGUAGACGUUACGGUGACGUCACUGCCUUCCUCGGUGCCAGGGGGUCUGACCCACAGUAACCCACCCGAUGUGCUGUUCCGAGAACUGUCAGCUGCAGCGGAAGCACGUCGUGUCACCAGUAUACCUGCUACAGGGGCUGACAAUUCUGCAGACGAACCACUGGGUGCAGAGCACGAAGCGAGCCCCUUUGCAGAUGCAUCCGUGACAGACAGGGAGAGACUGGGUCUUAUGGACAAACUGGACUCAGAAGUACAUGCCGACACAGAGGCAGACUUGUGGGCCGUCGCUCAGCGGAUCCGCAGGCAGCAGGAGGUGACCGACAUAGAGCACAGGGUGCUGGACCUUAUUGGUGCCAGGGUGGUAGCAGGACUCUUAAACAAGGACAGAAAGCUGGAGACAGAGAAAUGGAGAAAACAUUGUGGGCAACAGUCUUCCCUGCCAAAUGAGGUGGAUGAAGUUGGCGAGCACAGGGUGCUCGGUGAAGGCAUAAGCAUGGAAGAGACAGAAAUUCGGACACCCAUCAACUAUGAUGACUACUUGGAUCAGAAACCAGCAGAUAGUGAGGUGAUGAACAAUGGAAGUGAGGAUGGAGGCAGUGUCGAUGGUGGCUCACUUGACUAUGAAGAUGACUUUGAAGAUGAGGAGGGAGAAGCAAAUCACCAAGAAACUCCUCCUGUGCUUGGUGAUGCAGCAGAAAAGGAACCAGAAGAGCAGAAAUCCACUUCUAUCCCAGAGAUCCAGGUGGAUGGCAAGCUGCUGAAGGAUGACAAGCUGAGACAAGGAACUCCUGAGGUGGAAUCGACCAGCCACCACACGCCACCUAGCCCGGAGCCUGCCACUCGCCCGCCCUCGCGUGUACUGCCGUCACCCACGCGUACGCCACUCUCGCCCGAGCGGUUCGGCACAGUCAGGAUCCGCAGCAGGCGCACGGGCGGAGUGACCACUGUCCACCUCCCUCUCCACCUCCCAAUCCCUACUCCUGUGUCAUCUCCAGAGCGCAGCCAGCCCAGGCCUGACCACCGUGUCGUCACGCCAGAGAGGUCCCCGUCGCCUCGGAGCGUUGGGUACGGCGCUGGCGAGAGAGUUGCCACACCGCCGCCCAGUCCGGAGCAUGUGAGGGAGCGUGUCACAAUGUACAAGUGGCGAUCACGGAUUGAGGCACCGCCAGCACCAGCGCUCACACCCCCGGAGUCCCCACCCCCUGAGCCACGCAGCGCUUUCAGCUUCACUCCGGAGGGCCCCUCCCCACGCUCCAGCCCUCCCCUGCCGAAUUCUGCCAGUGCCAGAGAGGCUGCGACUGAGACUCGUACUGAACCGCUCCGUGUGGAUGCCGGGCAGCAGACUUCGGAAGAGGCACGUGCCGCGGUGGAGGCUCGGAUCGUGCAGGGCCGCCUCAGCUGUGCAGUGGAGUCGUACCUCACCUCUUCGAGCAGCCUGACCUACAGCUCCUCCCUCAGUUCCAAUCUGCAGGUGCAGAGCCAGGACUCACUGUCGUGGGGAGAAGUGCGGCCGCAACGUGAUGCCUCGUCCUCUGCUGACACGCAGCUGAGUCAGGGGGAGGUGCUGCCAGGAGCCGUGCAGGAGCCGGCGUGGUUGUGCAGCAGCCUCAGUGAGGGAGAGGUGCCUGGCCAGCACUGCUGUAGCAGGGUCCCCUCCAGCAGCCAACAGCCAAAGGCUGUGCCAGGCAGAUUCGUAGCAACUUCAACUGCUGCUGUUGAUGGGAAAGAAAAUGGAGGGACUCUGAAGGACCUGAGUGAAGGGGAAGUUAGCGAGGGCCUGGUUCCUGCAGUCCUCCCGCACAGUAUGCCUGAUGACACGGACAGCACAAGUGUGAGCGACACGUCAUGACAGAGGCCGCUUCUGUUUCCCUUCACAUUCUCAGUGAUUUACUCCAAUGUCAUUGCCUGUACCAUAGCACCUGUUGUUCCUAAUUCAGUACUGAAAAUGGCGACAGAUGAAAAUAUAUACAAUACAGUGGUACAGAGCUUACUGUUUUGUUACAGUCGAGGAAAACUAGAGGUUUUUAUUUUAUUUUAUUAUUUUUUUCUUACAUAAUGUAAUGAUGACCAAACUGAGAAAUGGAGGAAGCACAUUAUUUUCAAGAGUGUCUGUUAGUAAGAUGACAUAUAAAACUGAAUAUGCUACGUAAGUUGAAUACAUAGUUGUCAUGGUGAAAGAAAUUGUAACCUAAUUGAGUCCUCUUUGGUGCAACAGUGACUGUGGUAAUACAAUACAUCAAAAUAAUGUUGACAUCAUAUCAGGGUUUUAACAUAGUUCAGAUAACAUAUGUGAGAACACAAUAACAGUCAGAGAUAAGGACCCAGCAACUGAAAGAAUAAACAUCAUUAAUUACUGCUAGUUAAGGAGAUCACUACCAAAUGAAAGAAGGAAAAUGAAUGAGUAAUGACUCAAACUCCUUACAUACUACUAUCAGUUUUGUUGUUUCAUCAACACCUUUCUAUUCCCUUCAACAAAUUUGUGAAAUAAGAACUUACACC